UUUACGCUUAAUAAUCGAAAGAUUACUGUGGAAGAAAAUUCACACUACUACUAAGAGCUUGAGUUUAUAAUGGUUGUAGCAAUGGAUAAAUUUACCGUACAGUGUUCUUUGGUGGGAGAUGGAAUGGUGGGGAAAUCUUCCCUCGCUAAAGCCAUCACCGGACAAGGUCUGGACGAUGGAUAUAUCGCCACAACUGAGGAGAGCUUUACUGCUUCCAUGUCAGUGGCAGGCGACAAAUAUUCUCUCAGCAUCCUGGAUUUAUCUGGACAGCAUGACUUUGAGAAAGUCAGAACACAGGAGUACAGAAGCAAUGACAUUUUUGUUGUCUGCUUCAGCACAGUUGAUCGGGAGUCCUUGGAAAAUGUGAAAGAUUUUUGGAUCCCCGAAAUCCGCCAGAUCGACAGAAAACGUCCUAUGGUUUUGGUGGCAACUCAAACCGACCUCAGGAAGGAGAACUCUAGCCAUGUAUCUAAAGAAGAAGGUGAAAAUCUUGCCAAGCAGAUUGGGGCCUUUAGUUAUCUGGAGUGCUCAGCAAUGCAGAAAACUGGCGUCAAAGACAUUUUCGAACAAGUCGUGAUGGCAACCCUUAAGUGCAGAAAACGCCGAUCCAGCUUAAUCAAGCGAGUGUUCAGCCGAUGAAGAUCCUACUGCAGCAGUGCUUGGAUUUAACUUUAUUAUGAUUACCCCGAUCAUAAGAAUUCUCAGUGUCCAAAAACCCGUCAUGGACUGGCGAGAACUUUCGGACCCUCAAGUGGGAACUCAUGAUUCGAAAUAGCUGGUCGUGACUGAGGAUACUAUCAAUUUAUAUUGAGUCGCCAUCAUCAGCUCAAAAAUACGACGUUCUUGAACAGAAUAUUCAAAAAAGACAUUUUGCUUUCGCAGAAGUCAACAUCAGCAAUUUAACAAUAAUUCUAAAGACGUUGUUUUUUUGCAAGUCAAAAACUGUGCCUUUUCAUUAAAGAACAUUGAGACAAUGUUUUCGUCAUAACAAAGGUACAUCCUCAUCGAACAGUACAGGGCGUAUAACGUGUUCCCUUUCACCAAACCAUUUAAUGGAUCUGAACUUUCCUGAAGCGAUAAUUCACCUUCCAGCUAUAGUACCUUCUUUGAUGAAGCCCAUCAGGUGUAAAAUAAUAUUCCAUCAUCAUGAUUUUCUUUUUAAGUGGCAUGACUUUACAAUAUGUGAGACCCUGACACUAUUUGAUUUAUUGCAAUAAUGAUCUAUUAAUGUAAAAUUGUCUCUGCAAUUUAACAUUUGUAAAGAUAUUAUCAUGCUAUUCGAAGAAUAAAUGCAUAAAAAAGUA